UUUUAAACUGAAAUAGUUAUUUCAUCAUGAAUAAUAUAACACGAAAAAGUGUCGGAGGGUUUGAACCUUUUUCCCCCUCCUCCGAAACGGCCUUGCGAUCGUUGGUUACAAUAUUAUGUGCUUAUAUUGAUGUUAUUUGAUAUUGAUCGUUACGUAUAUAAAUACACCGUACAAACCGUACACCGUUUUAAACGCAAUCGUUUUGUUAUAAUUAUAUGGUGGACAAUAUCUCCAUGAUUGCGCGGUCUGUGUUUAUGACGGUUAUGCAGUUAUAUACUGGUGAUGAUUUUUACAUGCAGUCAUGGAAGAACCAUAUGAAAAAGAAUUGUAUAAUAUUUUUAAAAGUUUUGAAAGUGAUGAAAAUGAUGAGUUGGACCAUAAAGGAGUAAAUGCUCUUUGUGAUACACUACAAUUGGAUUUUGGCCAACGUAAACAAUUAUGGUCGUUCUUGGAUCAGAAUUCAACUGUUUCUUUUGAACAAUUUCGAGAUGCUUUGAUUUGUUUGGCCAAUAAUGGUUUAAAAGAAGAAAUUUAUUCUAGAGAUAUUUCCCCGGUUAGGGAAAUAUCACCUAAGUAUGUUUUUGGUGAAAAAAAAUAUGGCCGUCGAACAAAGCCUCGAGACGAUAGUUUUACUCUAAAUCAAUCAGAAAUUACUCAAGAUUUAAAUAGUAGCUUACCGUUAUCUCCUCGAAAACUAGAAUAUGUCAAUGUACAUUCAGAUAUAAAACCUGAUGAUGAAACACUAAAUAAAAACCUAUUAUCACAAUGUGAUGACAAACAUGAUUUAUUAAGAGAACGGUUGAUUAUGGAUAAACACAAUUUAAGUUUAGUCUGUGAAAACAUGGGUAUCACAUCCAAUGGACUUGUAUCAAAACCUCAACUAAUCAGUAUAAUCCAACACUUUGACUGUAAUGAAAAAUUAUUUGAGAAGAUCAAUGAAAAAUAUUCUAAUGAUAAUAUAACAAUUAAAGAAGUUUUGGAAUUAAUUAGCAGUCUUGAUUUCCGGUCUGUUUCACCAAAUUCUGAAACAUCAACUUCUGGAAUUUCAUCAACGUCAUAUUAUCAUAGAGAAGAUAAUUCACCAAAUUCAAUGGUGGUAAAUGUUUGCACUCUUAUUGAAUUAUGGGAAAGUAGUGGUAUACCUGAAUCAGUUAACUUGUUACAAGAACUAGGGAUUGACACUUCUUUAGAUACAGUAUAUGUACCUGAUCUAGUAACUAUUGUGAACAACCAACUCAAUAAAGUACGAAAUAACUUUGUUGACUCAUCAUUACCAGAAUAUGAUUUGAUUAACUCACCAUUUAUUUUACUUAAAGCUUUAAGUUCAUUAAAUGAAUAUCAAGUAAAAUGGCUAAAAAUGAUUAUUGAACAGAUGAACUGUGAGAGAGAGAAAUUAAAGGAUGAUGUUGAUACUGCUAAUAAUAGAGCAGCAAUGCUUGCGCAAGAAGUUGAUGAAAAUCAUAUGCGACUAGAAAAAUCAUCAGCUGAUAAAAUUGCUGCUCUAGAACACAAACAUCAUGAAGAACGGAAAACACUUAUUGAUCAAUGGGAUUCAGAAAAAGACCAAUUGUUGAAUCAAAAUAUUUUGCUCAAAGAUAAAUUACAGCAAGUACAAGAUUAUGAAAAUGAAUUACAAUCUGAACUCUUUAAAAACAAAAAACAACUGAGUCUAUUAGAAAAUGAAAAUACACGAUUGAAUGAACAAUUAGAAGAAAUAAAAGAAAAAAAUGUGUGCUUAGAAAUUCAAGUUCAAGAAAUUCCACAGUUAAAAUUGAAGACAUUGGAAUUGGAAUCAAAUAAUGAGCAAAUUUUAGAUCUCGUGGAAAAAAUUGAUACUUUAAAAAAUGAUAACAAAUUUCUCAGAGAUCAAAAUGAUGAACUAGUUAUUGAACUUGAAGCAACUAAAAGAAUUGAAAAUUUGGAAGCUGAUAGGUCAUUUGAAACUAAUGUCAGGAAUUUUUUGGCUGAAGAAAAUAGUCCCAACUGUUUUGGCAAAGUGAAAGAAUUUCCUAUUGAGUCCUCUUUGGAGGUUGGAGAGAAUGAUAGUACAAAUACUUCUGAAACAUAUACCAUUGAAUCUGACUUUGAAACAUGGAAUAAAUGUGAAAAUAUGGGAGAAUCAGAUAAAAAGUGUUCUCAGUCUUCAAUGCUUGUUACUAGUAUAAAAACAACACUAUCAUCCCAGACACAAAUUGAUUCUUCUCAUUUAGAUGAAUUGAUUGACUAUUUGGAAUAUUUGAAACAUACUCCUCAAGUCAUUAAUUCGAUACAAGUUAACAAAAAUAAGUUACUAUUACAAGAGUCUCUAGAUAGUUUUGCGACUUCAUCGCCUUUAAAUAAAUAUCCAACAAGAAGGUCAUUAAAUAAGCAAUUUGAGAGUUCAUUAGAAAUGGAAUUUAUGGAUACUACUUUGAUGGAAGUGACAAAUGGUAGUGUAGAACAAUUGAAACAAAUGUUCAACCAGUGUAAAUCAGAUAAUCAUGAACUGUAUGAAAAAUGUGAAAAAAUUGAGAAAGAUUGGGAAUCUAGAUAUAAUGAGAUAUGCAAUGUAGCAGACAAAGCUUUAGACGAAGCUAAACGGUUGAAAGAUGAAUGCACUGAUCUGGAAAAUGGUAUCGAUGCAUUACGUAAUGAAUACUUUGAAUGUGAAGAAUAUUGGUCACAAAAAUUGGAUGAAGAACGUAAAUUAAAUGAAUUAGAGAAGAAAGUAAGUGAAGAAAAAUUGAAUGAUCUAGAAGCAAAGAUCAAAGAAUAUAGUGAAAUGAUGGAGUCAACCACUGUUAAAAGAUUACCUCCAAUUGAUGAAAAUGCUGAACUUGAAGAACAAAUAAACUGUAUUCAACAAGAAUUUUCAAGUUAUCGUGUUAAAAUAGAAGAAGAAAUGCAAAAGAUUAAGAAUGAAAAUGAUAAAUUAAAAUCUCAAAUCAUCUUACCGGUUGAAAAAAUAGAUCGUGAAGUACCAAAUUGUCAAUUUAAGGAACCAUGUGAAAAAUGUUAUGAAAAUGCAAAAGUGUACAGUGAUUUAAAAAAUAAAAUGUUUGACUUAAGAAAAAAUCGUGAAAAAUUAGGUGUGGAAUGCCGUAAUUUGUUGCAACGAAGGAGUACACUUAAAAAUGAAAUAUUACAACUACAAGAAUAUCUAAAUGUACUUUCAAACACCCACAAAGAAUUAUUUGUGCGGAAAGAAAUGAAUCAAGCAAACCAGAUGUCUGUAGAUACCAGGAAAUGCAAAGAACUUGAGCAGAAGCUUCAUGAUGAACAGGCCAGACAUCAAAAGUUAACCAAUGCCAUAUGGAAUGAACAUCAAACAAAAAUAGAUGUGGCUCACAAGUUAUUGCGUACAGCCCAAGAUAAGCUUGAAGAACAAAUUAAAAUGAGACAUGAACAAAAUAAACAACUCAUGAGCGCUGAUAUGAUUGUUAAAGAUUUAUUCAUCGAAAACGCCAAACUUGUGUCUAUAAUUCAUAACCUCCAAACUCAAAUUGAUCGCUCGUCAAAUUAUAAUUCAAUGUAA